AUGAUUCGUUUCAUUUUAGUUCAAAAUCGUCAGGGAAAAACAAGACUUUCUAAAUGGUAUGUUCCUUUUGAAGAUGAUGAAAAGGUUAAAUUAAAAGGUGAAGUUCAUAGACUUGUGGCUCCGAGAGAUCAAAAACAUCAAUCAAAUUUUGUAGAGUUCCGUAAUUACAAAAUAGUUUAUCGUCGAUAUGCAGGAUUAUUUUUUUGUGUUUGUGUAGACGCUAAUGAUAAUGAAAUGGCUUAUUUAGAAGCAAUACAUUUCUUUGUUGAAGUUUUGGAUGCUUUUUUUGGAAAUGUUUGUGAAUUGGAUUUAGUUUUUAAUUUUUAUAAGGUUUAUGCAAUAUUAGAUGAAGUUUUUUUAGCAGGAGAAAUUGAAGAAACUAGUAAAAAUAUUAUUAAAAUUGGAUGUUUUAUAGAUGUUGGUUGA